AUGAUUUUGCAUUCUCGCAUCAAUUUCGCUGUCGCUGAAUUUUUGGUCGUUGUGCAUGUAGGCUUGUCAACCAUGAGAAGAUUCAUUUUCAGCUUCAAAGCUGAAUGUGCAGUUCGACCGCCUUCCAAUAAUGUGGCAGCAAUGCCAGAGCAUGCGACAGCCAACGCAAUUUGUGAUCUUGACCGAAUUGUUGCCAGAAUCAACGAAAAGACGAACGUUUUGCCUGUCCCUCCAGGAGCAUCGAAAAAGUAA